GAAUGAGUGGUUGAUCAAAGAUGGUGGAUUUGGAAUGGAUGCCGGCCGAAUUGAAUUGAUGGGACGCGAGUUGUGAAUUUGUUAUAUUUUGUGUGAUUUGACUAUAUUAUGGCUCGCAAUAAAUCGCCAUCGGCAACCUCUGAUAAAGACAAGAAGAAACCAAAAGACAAAAAGAAAAAGGAUGAUUCAGGAUCCAGUAGCAGCGAUAGUAGUGGCAGUUCAUCAGAGAGCAGUUCGUCAAGGUCAUCGUCGCGGUCUUCGUCGAGUAGCUCCGGCAGCUCCUCGAGGUCUUCAUCGUCGUCCAGCUCAUCCAGCAGCAGUAGCAAUAACCGCUCCAGGGCCAAGAAGAAGACAUCACCACAGAAGAGUCCAGUGAAGGAUCGUCGAGAGCCAGACCGGGAGAAGCUUCGGGACAGAUCACCACUUGGAGACAAAAAGAAAAUCUCAGCUCCAUCAUCUAAUGACAAGGCCAAAAGCAAGGACAAACAUGACAGGUCUCCAGCAAGAAAAAAGAGAGAGCGUUCACCGCCGCCGCGUCCCACACGCAUCCACAUUGGACGAUUGACUCUAAAUGUCACCAAAGACCAUCUCCAAGAGAUUUUCUCAACAUACGGGACUGUGAAAACUAUAGAAUUCCCGAUGGAUCGCUUACAUCCCCACAAUAGCCGCGGAUACGCCUAUGUGGAGUUCACGAAUGCUGAUGAAGCAGAAAAUGCGAUGAAACAUAUGGAUGGAGGGCAGAUCGACGGGCAGGAGAUCACGGCGGCGCCGGUGCUGAUCCCGUCGCGCCCGCGCCGCGUGUCGCCGCGCCCGCCGCCGAGGCACGCGCCGCUUCGCCGACACUCGCCGCCAAGGUACCGGCGGCGCAUGGUGCGGCGCCGCUCGCCGCCGCGACGCCGCGAGCGGCGCUCGCGCUCGCCGCGCUCCCCGCGCCCCGCGCCGCGCCGCCGCCGCUCCAGGUCCUCCUCCUCCUCCUCCCGCUAGUAGCCUCCACCACACCCGAACACACACACGAACACACACACCACUAGACUGGUUUCCUGUAGGUCAACUUCACACUAUUCGUGAACGUCAGGGACCCAUUUCUCGAAGCUACAGUUACAAUUUACAAGCGGUAGUCAAUGUCUACAA